ACUCCCCCCACCCCAGGGUGCGGGAGCCUGCUGCAGGAAGGCAGCACAGAAAGGCUCUUCGCAUCUGAGUUUCUGAGCUUGGAGCCAGAGGCUGCUCUGCAAAUGACUGUGUCUGCAAAGGAAGGGAAGGAGAAAAGAAGGGAUUCCCACCCAUGUUGCUGCUUUUUGCUGCUGCUCUCCUCCCCUCCCGGCUCAGUGCACAGAAGGCCAAGCUGUGGCAGGAGUCUCCCUGGACACCCAGCAGCACCCUGAAACUUCGGUUCUUGUUUUCAGGUUGCAUUUCAUGUUUUACACUGUCCUCCAAAACACGGGAGAGCGAGAAGGGGAUGGUGCCAGGCGCAAAGCUGGGAGCUCUCUGGAGGCAGAAAUCCUCGGAUGUUCUCUGUCUACUAAAACCCUGGAACAGAGAGAAAGAAAGAUGCUGCCAAUUAAUAAAGAUGCUUCACCCCAUGUAGCUGUUGUGCUGGGAGGAAGAGGAGAGAGGAGACAGGGAAGAUCAGGGCACAUCCACUCUCUCUGUAUUUUGCUGCUCUGCUAGAUCUGCACGUCAGACUCUCCCAUCGUCUAUGUGUGGGGUUGCAAUACACCUCAGGAUAAACUAGGAAGAGAUACGCUAUUGGCUAUUUGCUAGGCGGUGUGUCAUCUGGCAGGCUGUAUAUAUCACAGGGAAAGCAGGGACCACUCAGCCUCUGAGCAAAGCUGCUUCAGUGUAUAGCUCAGAGAUACUUUGAGAAUGAAAAGAAAAGGGAAAGGCAGCCCUUGCUUUUUUGAUUCUGACAAGCUCUGAAAACUCUUGGGAAACAGAGACCUGAUGGAUGAAGGACUAUGUGGAAACCAAUAAAGCAGAUUUCGAAGGAGAAGUUGCGGGAGAGAAGCAGAGCAGUGCCCAAAAGGAAAUAUUCAUUAGCAUUUCUUCCUAGGUGCAGAAAGAAAGUGUUUGGGGAUCUCUGAUAUUUCAGCAUCUGAAUCAGCUUCUGUAUGUAAGACAUGCGGGAUUGAAAAAGGACAGCAGCUGGAGAGUCCCUGGAGCAAAGCUCACAGGUAUUCAACACAGGAAGAAGGACCCAUUUAUCAACUUUUGUAGGUAGCUUGCAACCACGGGGCAGAUUUUUAAAAUACAAGCACGUGUUCCCUCCUGCAACCACUGACUUUAGCACCUGAGCUGCCAAGAAGGAGGGCAGAGAGGAACGUGCAGCCUGCCCAGGGAAACGGGCAGUGCUGGAGCUUUGCCUCCCGAGCCAUGAGCAGGCACACGUGGUUCCCUUUGCAGUACAUCUCCAAGCCCUUCUGGAGAGCGGAGAAUCACAACACGACCAACUUCUUCUCUGCACUGUAUGGCUUCCCUAACCAGUCCUUCUUCCACAGUGGUUUGGACCUGGAGGACCUGGGGGACUUUGGCAGCGGGACCAAGUAUGAGGGCGAGUCCCAGAGCCGGACAGUGAAGGCGCUGCUGAUAGUAGCCUACUCUGUGAUCAUCUGCAUCUCGCUCUUCGGCAACAUCCUGGUGUGCCACGUGGUGAUCAAGAACAAAAGGAUGCACUCUGCCACCAGCCUCUUCAUCGUCAACCUGGCCGUUGCCGACGUGAUGAUCACCAUUUUGAACACCCCCUUCACGCUGGUGCGGUUUGUAAGCAGUACCUGGGUUUUUGGAAAGCUGAUGUGUCAUAUAAGCCGGUUUGUUCAGUACUGCUCCGUUCACGUGUCUGUGCUGACCCUUGCUGCCAUCGCUCUGGAUCGGCAUCAGGUUAUCAUGCACCCUCUCAAGCCGCGCAUGUCCAUGGUGAAAGGAGGGAUUUGCAUCAUUAUCAUCUGGGUUAUGGCCAGCUGCUUCUCACUGCCUCAUGCCAUUUAUCAGACUUUGACAAGAUUUUAUAUCGGAAACAGAACAAUACGAAUGGUCUGCCUCCCCAGCUUCCCUCCUCCUGCUGAUCUUUUCUGGAAGUAUUUGGACUUGACUACUUUUGUUCUCUUGUAUGUCCUGCCCUUGCUUGUGAUCUCCAUCACAUAUACCAUGGUGGCCAAGAAGCUCUGGCUGAGAAAUGCCAUCGGGGACCUCACCAUGGAGCAAUACUAUGCCCAUCAACGGAAAAAGAAGAUGACACUGAAGAUGUUGAUGGUGGUGGUGAUUGUGUUUGCAGUCUGCUGGUUCCCCCUGAACUGCUAUGUGGUGUUGAUCUCCUGUAGGGCCAUCCACAGUAGCAAUGCUCUGUACUUUGCUUUUCACUGGUUUGCCAUGAGCAGCACUUGCUACAAUCCCUUCAUUUACUGUUGGCUGAAUGAGAGCUUCAGAUCUGAGUUGAAGUCCUUGCUGUGUGUGUGCCGGCAAAGGAGUGCAGCCCAGAGUCACGCUCUGCAGUCCAUCUCCCCCGCUUUCAGGCACGCCUGGGUUGAGAACUGCCAUUAUAAAAGAGGCAGCACCUGCCAGAAGGCAAGGGCAUCUUCCCAGAGGAACUCUGCAAAGACAGACAUAUCCAGUGUUCAGCCAAUUGUGGCAGAAAGCUAAACCCUUCAUCUGAUGGCCAGGCAGCAUCGUGUUGUAAUUGCAGAAUCAUGGGAAAAAUUGAGUUGGAAAGGACUGCUGGAGACCAUCUAGUCCAACCUUCCACCCAAAGCAAGCUAGCACCAGUUUUCAACUGGGUUGGUCAUGACCAUGUCUAGUCAGGUUUUCAAAAGUCUCCAGGAAUGGACUGCCCAUAUGUGGGCUCCAGAAUGAGGGGUGUCGAGUGAAUUUUUCACUGGAACAGUC